GCAAGCGAAAAUUCGAAAUUGAUGUCGAGGAGAAUCAGUUCGGCCAUGCAGGAAACCUGUGUGAGUUGGAGGCAGGAAGCCACGAGCAGCGGCAGAAAGCGUCCAACAUGGCAGGCAAAAUAACGUUUCUCGCUCUGCUUACCAUUUUCACAGUAGCGUUUGGUGCUAAUGACGAUAAAUUCGCGAACAGCACUGAACCAUGCAGCUCCAAUGUGUACGAUGGGCUCGAAAUGUGCUGCGGCAUGCCGAAACUUUUCUCGAAUGACGUUUUUAAGACUUGCUUGACAUCGCAAGUGUCCAAGAUGCAGCAGCACGCCGCGCGCUCUGCGAAAAGAAAGAAAAAUAGACGCACAAGAUCUUCAGGCAACAAAAGUCAAACUGGUAGAAGUGGAGCAAUAAUCAUGCGACGCACAGCGGGACCUUUGGGGGGCCCAAUGUGCAUUCUCCAAUGCGUGUUUGAAAAAGAGGGCUUGCUAAAUAAGGACAAAAGUAUUAAUUUGGAAGCGAUGGUGAAGUUGUUCAGCGCAGCUUCAGAUGAAAGCUGGGUUGAUUUGGUGAAAAACGUUACUGGAAACUGCUACAGUGAACUCCAAAGAUCUAAUUACUCCGCCCUACCCAACGUCACCGGUGGAGAACCUUCUUGCAAAGCCAACUGCGCCAUGAUACUAUCUUGCAUUCGCCGCCAGCUUACUUUGCGUUGCCCUGAGAACAUGCUGAACAUAAAAGAUAAGAAAUGUCCUGCAAAAAUCGAGGCAUUGAAGAAGUGUGAUCCGUUUGCUAUUCCAACUCCCGCCGAGCUGAUAGACGGAAAGGUGGUGGCCUCAAUCAAUGAGGCCGUGGAGAAGAAGAAAUCUUCCAAGAACAACAAAAGGCAAAAAGGAAAUAAAUAUUAAUGAAAACUGUACUUUAUUGGGCUAAUUUCAUGCAAUAAAUUCACUGAUUUGACCU